CCCUUUCGGUCAAAGUGGAGCUGAAAGUUGAGAGAGGACCCUACUUGACAUUCUACUUCUUUAAAGUCUCUUCAGCCAGCAUGGCAUCUGGAAGCAAAAACCGCUUCAGAAUGGGGCGGUCGUCGUCGGUAGUGGAAGAAUCGAGGCCGGAUGAGCCAAUCACAGCGUCGACUACUUCUAGACCAUCGCGGCCGGGAGCGCUUGGAGUACUUGGGGCCAAGAUGCGAGCAUACAGUUCACCGCGCCAACGGCGCGUGUCAUCGCACGCCAGUCUCGAUAGGCCCUCGCUGGCGCUAGAUGUGAAGAGACACGCGCAGUCUAGGAGCUCGCUUGUCGUCUCCAACGGUGAGGGCACGAAGAGAAAUGACUAUGAGAUCGUCCCUUCGCCCACCACGUCGCUCUCUUUUGACGGCACAUCCACACCGCACCACGAGGACCACAUCAGCUCGGCAGCAGCUUACAAGGCUGAUCGACCCAGGUCUGGUAUGUCUUCAGCGCCAACGGCCGCAGCAAAUACCUCAUUGAGGACAAAGAGACCAUCGAUUAGCGGUCUUGGAGGACUGGGAGGCGUCGUACGGCGAUGGAGUGCAGUGGGCUCGCCGCAGUCCGCCUCACCGAGGUCAGAGGAGGACUCCUCGACAUUCAACCUUCAUUCAUUUCGGAGAGUGGCCAGUCCCUCGUCGCCUUCUCCUGGCCCUGCGCCACUGCCCAUCUCUAGGGCGGAAAGCUUCGUCUCCGCCAUUGAGUAUGACGCCAACUCCCCUUCGAUCAGCAAGCCGCCGAGCCCAAGUGUGAACCAGCAGGGCCAUCAGCACAGGCUAUCGGGAUCGAGCUACUUUACGGGUGCCGACAGCAGCACAACUAGCAGCCCAAAUCGGCAUAUGAAUACCAACAGGAUGAGCGCCGGUCGAUUCCGAGCAGGCACGGCAGCAAGGUCGCGGCCCGACGUCACGUCCUCAGCGUUCUUUCAGGAUCGAGAGCAACGACCUGCAAGUCCGACGAGCCACAACAGCGGAAACGUCAGCCCAGUCAUGGCUGGGUCCAGCCUGCCUAGAUCCCCCGGACAGGAAUUGGCGGAGCUCGAGGCGGAGCUUGCAAGAGGAAGAACGACGCCAUUGUUGCGCAGGAACGUGGACCAGGAACCUUUGGCCUCAGCGGACGGAGGAGCCAGAGGAUCUCGACCUAGUGUGGCCAAGCAGGGCUCCUUCUCCUCUCUGCGCGAUCUGAAUGAAGGCUUUCAAGGGGAUGCAGCAAAGGGUUACGGCCUUGACUCUGCGAGGGUGCUGGGAAGUGGCACGGAUGGGCCAAGGACACUGAUUGAUGCGAUUUCGAGAAUGGAGCAGGAGCGCAGCAGGGGCGAAGCAAACAUGCAACCACCCCGACUACCUUGGAUGGACGACGGGGACAGCAGCAACAGUAGUGAAAUGCCAUCAGGCAAGAGACGAUCGGGGAAUAUGUCUUCGUCCUCUUCCAAGGAUUCCGCUGCGACGCUCCAACCGUCGCUGCAAGCUCCUGCCUUGGUUGACGGGGGUGGUAGCCCGACCCCUUCGACUGUGGAUUCGGCAUUUGUCGCUUCGGCCGUGCAAGCUUCGCCUGACCAUGCCAUCUUUGCCGAAAAUGCGUCCCCAUUCCGACACUCUAGAGCUCGGUCUGAGGGCACUUUGCUUGACUCCUCUUCGUCUUCCGAGAAUCGAAAGUUUACAGACGAGCAUCAGCCCACUCUGACCAACGGCCAUGUGAAGAGGGCGUCCUAUUAUGGACAAUCGGCCAAUACACCGUGGCCGGGCAACCGGGUGUCCUCAGCUGCGCGACGGGAUCGGUCGCCACCACCGCCUCCCCUCCCAUCCAAGACAGAGGAGCUGAUGAGUUUUCAUGCUCGACACGCCCCUGCUAUGGCCUCGACAGUACACCAGCAGCACUGGCGGAUCGCAUGGCCCACACCGCCCUGUGUCGAGCAAGGGUGGUUCACAACCCUUUCCGCUCUCCAGCAGCACAGCCUGUACGAAACUCAUCGCAAAGCAGCAGGCGUCGCUCGUGAUGAGUAUCUCCAGAUCAUGGCCGCCGCCGUUCCGCCGAGCGCCCUCAUUAACCCUGGUAAUAUCUUCGAAGCCAAAUUGGCAACAAAUUUGCAGCGAUCGACGACAGUCACGAAAUCGUCGCCCUCCUCAACGUCGCCAGCAGCAGUGACGGCGAGAGAGAGGCGAAGCUCCAUGCCAACGGUUUCAGGGCCUCGAUUGGACGAGCAUUCGCCGCCUCCCCUGCCAAGCGCACCUGCCAAUGUGCUGACGGUGGUCACCGAUGACGAGGAUGAAUUCGCCGUUUUCGAAAACUUGAUUCAAGCUGUUGCUGAACUCAACUUUACCCUAGUACGAAAGGAUCUCGAGAUCCAAGAAGUACAGGGAACCGCUAAAGAUGUGGCGGUCUCAAAAUCGACGGUCCAUGCAUCGCACUUCACCGAUCCCUGCACCUCACGUCACUUGGCGGGAUGCCAGCUGCCUAUUCGGACGAGUUUGCAAGAACGGUCGGUCUUGAACGCCUGGUGGAAAUCGCAGGGGGACAAUCCGUCGAAGCCGUUUGCUCUCUGUCACUGUGCAGGUCUUCCAAUGAACAGGAGCCGUUCAUCGUUGAGACGAAAGAGAUGGGCAAGCUGAUCUGGCCACCUGGCUCAAGCCACAAAGAGCGCAAGAGGGGCAUUUGGGAAGCAGUGUUUGCCGGUGAAGAGACACAACACUACCUCGAGGCAGCCGUUGUGUCUCUCGGCAAUCAUGUUCAGCAGCAUCAGGACAAAAUCUUUCAACCCACCA